UGUACAGUAUAUGCUGUUUCUGGCUGGCACGCCUGAAGGAAACCGGCUCUUCUGUCGCGCGAUUCGUCCUUGUUCAAUAGCUACCUACUAUGUACACUACCACCACCCACCACCCACCAUCGAUUCAUUCAUGCUGCCCAUCGUCAUUGUCCUGACCCUCCUCCACCCCCCCCGUUUGCCGACACCGUUCAAUCCAUUGUAUUGCCAGUAGUCUAUAUGUGAGUACGCGUACGAGUAUUGAAUCAAUGUCCAUCGCAAUCCCACUCCCGUCUUCACAACAUUUAUGGAGACGAUGGUGAAAUGGUCGAGUGUCAGAACAUACAUUCGGUACUUGGCUGCACUGCACGAACAAUGCCUAUAUUUGCACCAUGAUAUAAUGAAUGCGUGCGUGAAUGAAUGCGCCGGCCGCAUGUCCUGCCUGCCUGCCUGGCCCCCCUCCACCGCACCUCAAUCCGUGUUUUGCGCCAUCAAUAAUCCCCACGGGUCCCUUGUUCGUCUGGUUCUCCUCGGUCCGUCGCCGCCCCCCCCUCUCUUUCAUCUCUUUCUCUUUCUCGGGCUCUGA